AACAUUUCAUUUACUAUCUUGGAUGCAAGCUGUCUACUUCUCAACCUUCUUUGAAAGUUUUUUUUUUUUAAAUAUUUUUUCUGGGUUCUGAAAAUUUAUGACUUUGCUUUGUAUAUGUAGGCCUUCAGGAUUUGGCACACUUGUCUAAUUUCUUCUUGUCUCAAUUAAUUUGUAAAUUACUACUGGUGUUCCACUCUCAUUCUUCUCUUAGUUGUGCUUGAAGAAAAACUGUGAAUUGUGCUAAUGGGAGUGGCAAAAUGAUUUGCUCUUUAUGUAUUUCUCUAUGUUGGAUUGAUGUUUAUAUUUACUUAUUUGCUAAGAAAAUGGAUUCCCACUUCCCAAGAUCUAUAUCCUCCUGUAAUGUGUCUGGUUUUUGAUGAGUUUGUGAUAGAGGCAGUUGAACUGUGUAGACAACAUUUUGUGGUUUUGUUGGUUGAAAUGAAUUUCUCCAUGUGAAGUGGAUUAUUUGAUUUGGGAAAGAGUUUUCUUUAAGAAGCAUUACUCCUAAGUUUUACUUUGCUAAGCAAAUUUUUUAUAAAGUAAUCAAAAGUAGAUUAUUUGCCUUCGAUUUUUUGUAUUGGAAGUCAUAGUUUAGGCAUUCAAUGUCAUUAUGCUAUAACAGUGGCUACAAUAGCUAAUGCUCAUAAAAGAAAAUUCAAUUGUCUGUGCUUUUAAAAAAUAAGUUGUCUUUGUUGUCUGCUGUCAUUGUUACCCAUGCUGCAUUCCAAGUUUAAAAACCCUCUCUUUCAGAAUCAUGGCCUUUGUCUUAUAUUGAGGAUAACAGAUAUGGCUUCGCAGAGGAUGUUCAUAUUUUGGCAAGUAAGUGUUGAUGGCUGGGUGUUCAUUUGGAAAAUCAAUGAAGGCCUAGAUAUAGAAGACAAGCCCCAGAUUCUUGGUACGGCUUCUCUUGCCCUGAAGAUCAUAGUUGAGGGAGAAUCAGUCCAUCCUCUAGUUUGCUGGCAUCCUCAUAAACAAAAAAUCUUGAUGGUUGCCACGGAAAAUCGUAUAUUGAAAAUUGAUACACUGAGAGUCGGAAAAGGUGAAGCAUUUUCAGCCGAGGAUCCUAUUAAUUGUCCCCUUCAUAAGCUGAUAUAUGGGAUCCAGCUUGUUUGUAAUCAUGAUGGUGAAGUUACUGAUUUAUCAAUGUGCCAAUGGAUGACCACUCGCUUAGCUUCAGCGUCAACAGAUGGCAUGGUGCAGCAAAAACUUGACGAUUCAUUUAGUAAUAAAUAGAAACAUGGAUUCGCUGGAGGGGAUUCAGAGGGUAUCCGUGCUGCAGUUCUGGAUGAGGCUUCCAUUGUACGUAGACCUCUUGCUAAAACUUGAGAGUUCAAUGCAGCGAGGGGCUGCACCCCCCAUGGUGCCUUCACUGAAAUUUCUUUUACGCUUGUAGAAAAGAGAUGUUAUCAUUAUGGUUUUCGUAUGAUUGUAAGUAAGAUCUUUGAUAUCAUCACACGAAUGCAAUUUAUGAACAAAAUCUAUCCAUUGACUAACCAAUGUAUCCGAUCAAAAUGGUGGAUACAAGCAGAUGAGAGAAAUACAUGUAACUGAAGCUGUCGACAUUUUGCUAGGCAUGAAGGGUGUAGUGCCUAGGCACAUCAUUGCCGGCUGGGUCUGAUGCAUAAUGGCCAUCUGUAGUAACAGACUCUGCUGUCCCAGGAUUCUCCCUUUCUUCGUUCUCGUCACUCACCAUUUCCAUAACCAUGGGCGCUCCCCAGGGAAGUCUGAGGGAUACCGAAACAGGGGCCAUCCGGGAUGAAUCAUCAAUUGCCGUUGAAGGUGCAAGGGCGGAUCUUGACAAGACAGGUGUAAUCUCCGGCGAAACAUCAAUUGUCGGUGGAUGUGCAAGAUUUGAUCUUGACAAGAAAGGUGCAAUCUCCGGCGAAACAUCGAUUGCCGGUGGAUGUGCAAAAUUGGAUCUUGACGAAGCAGGUACAAUCUCCGACGGCAAGUGAACGUCAUGAAAAGCAGGCUCUGACGCUGGAGCAAGAACCUUACGAUUAACGCCGGGACUGAUGAUUGUGCUGUUGUCGGUCACCGGAGGAGGCGAGCGAAGAGUGAUUUGUGCGAUUCACAGUACCGUUACUUAUAUUUGGAAGAAUCGUGUCAAACGGCACCGGUCUGAGAACUGUACGAUUCCAGUGGCUCUCGAACGGAUGAGGAGGAGGAUUGAACGGACGAAAGGGAAUAAGGCCGGCCAAGCUGUGAACAGCGACGUCUCUGGAGUAGUACAACCCUGGAAGCACCACUUCUACUCCAUCGAAACGGAGGGGAUAUCUGGUGAGGCGGAGUUCACGCGAGGGGAGAAGAGUAGGGAUGGAGGAGUUAUCGGGGAGGGAAAGGGGAUUGUCAAGGCGGAGGAGUUGGGGGAGGACGUGGAUGAGAAGGACGGACAGGUAAAAGGUGGCCGUCUGAGUCAUAUCAAGAGCGAACAGGGUGGGAUCGGAGGGGACGAGGAGGGUAAAGGAAGGCAGGGACAGGAGGUCGAAGAGGAGGUCAGAGGUGGAUAUGGCGUUCGAGAAGAGCGCGUUGCCGUGACCGCUCAUGAGCCUGAGGAUGGAUUCCAAAGACUCGGUGGAGAUGGAAGUGGUGGUGAUGAUCGGAAUUGUCAAGAUGAUCAGUAGGAUAAUUACGAUCUUGAUCUUGAUCUUCAUGGACGCCAUUUUUACACUGGCUGGGCGAGAGAGAACAAGAGGAAAAACAGAAUUGUUCGUUUGAUGAGGUUUUGGCGGGCUUUCGGUUUGGUUUUUAAUUUUUAUUUUAUUUUUUAGGGUUUAGUAGUUGAGUUGGUUUUCCUUCUUACGAAUGCUCUUUGAAUUCAGUUGGACAGUAAUAUCCCUGGUUUAACAGUGAGAUUGAGCCCC